AUGGAACCCUUAGUUCCUCCACCUGUUCAACCUCAAGCUCAGUUGAUCCCUGCUGGUCCUCCAGCAACGCCUCCUCAUCUCGUGCCUGAGCCCGAUGUUCCGACACAGCGGUCAAAACCUCUGAAAGAUGGAUUAUUGAGUACCGUACUUUUGAGAAAUCCGUUUGAAAAAGAGAUCAUCGAAUGGCUGGACUGCCCUCUUUACGAAUACGCUCUUUGGACAGAGCCUCAAAAAGAAUGGAAUGAAAUUGUCAUGGACUCGUUGUCAACUGUCAUAGACCCGUCGUCAACUGUCAUGGACUGGUUUUCGCCUGUCCCUGGAGAGACUCCGCUCGUAUUUGUUCUUCGACGCGGAUUCACAGACGCACUGAAAGAUAUGUUGAAACACGCUCAAUAUGAGGAUGUGAAAUUUUUCCCGAACCAACCCGACACCGCAGCGAACAACAGAACAAGUGAAAUGCAGAAACCAGUGAAUGCAAAAAAGCAACAAAUUUUCAAAUCGAGUCCCUGGCUGCUUCAUCAGGCUGUUGAACUCAACAACAACAAGGCUGUCGAAUGGCUGAUCGAUUUUGGCUAUUUUCCUGAUAAAGAGGAUGAACUCGAAGGUUCAAAUUGCACACCACUGCACUUGGCUGCUGAGCGCAACAACCCAAAAAUAACAACUGAACUCUUGAAGGUGAAGUAUUUGUUGGACAAUAUGGCGACGACGUUGAUCGAUAAGACUGAUGAAAAGCAGAACACGGCACUGCAUCUAGCUGCGGCAAACGGUCAUGCGGGAGUUUGUGAUGAAUUAAAAGCAAUAGCUGACUUAACAAGACGAAACGUUGACGGCUCAACAGCUUUUGAGUUGGCCAUUUUGGAAAACCAACCUGAGUGUGCGAAAGUUUUUUGCGGCAAGUGCCUUCUCGACGCCACCGUUUUUGACUCAGGCAUGCGUCCCUUGCAUUUGGCUGUUCAAUAUGGAUAUGAAAAGAUUUUACAAGUGUUCUUUCUAGAAAAAGUUGACCUAAAAACAGAAACAAAGGAGAAUCCACCCCGAAAUGCCUUGGAAGUGGCAUUAGAUUUCAAUCAAAUCAAAAUUGCUAGCUGGUUACUUUGCCGGGACCUGGAAGUUUGGAAGUUUUUUCUGAAACCCAAGCUUGACGCAAAUGUGGGUCUGUUCGCUUGGAGACAAUGCGCCGUUUCAGGGUACGACAAAGUGCCUACAACUUGGAACUUUGAAUUUAUCGACGAUCCAUUUUUCAACGUUAAACAGCUUGAAUAUCUCGAAGAACGACCCCAAACGGUCGAACCCGAUCGCAAGAGCACUCAUUCUAGACAUCCUCUCAAAAUCAUGGCCGAUUCGAAGAAAGAAGAAACGAAGAAUUUGUUGAUGCAUCCAUUAGUCAGACAAUAUAUCAAUAUUCGAAGCAAAGAAACCAAGCUGACUGAGCAGAUUGAGCAAGAAUUGCUCGUUUUUGUCAUUUUCUUGCUUUCCUACUCUUUUAUUUUCAUGAUCAGCGAUAGAUGGCAUCAGGAAAAAGAAGAGCAGCUUGUCAACUCGAUGGAUUUUGGUGAAUACAAAUUUCGAAUAUUUGAACGCAAGAACUCUACAAAAAGCAACUGUGUUUUCCACUUUCAAUCAACGAAGUUCUUUUGUGGUGCUUGGUACGAACAACUCAUCCGCUUCAUGUUAAUCGUUUACGUAGUGAUAUCCGCUUCUUCUUCUGGUUAUCUCUUGGGACAAGAGAUUAGACAACUCUGGCAAUUCAGAUGGGACUAUGUUGGGUGGGAGAACGGCAUUCAACUAUCAAUUUGCGUGACUUCUCUGCUGACCAUAGCCUGGAAAUGCGUUGAUAUCUUGUUAUGGUUUGGGAUCGACUGGCCAUCGGCAAGCACUUUUCAGCCUUUCUGGAUCAUCUCCGCUUUCACGAUCGUCCUUUCAUGGGGGAAUUUGCUCUAUCUGUUGAGAAAACGGAAAGAAUUCGGACUAUUUGUGUUGAUGUUCAAAAAUGUGGCUGCAAAAUCUUUAGAGCAGACGUGGAUUUUCGUCCUUUUUCUUCUGGCUUUUUCUUUCAGCUUCUCACUGCUCUUACAAGACAAGGAAGAGUUUUCGCAUAUUCAUUGGUCUUUCUUCAAAACGCUGGCAAUGGGAACCGGUGAGAUCAACUACUCCGAGAUAUUUCACGGCGAAAGCGAAGAAAAAAUGCCAUGGCUUCGCUAUUUCGCUUUCUACUUGUACAUUCUCUUCGUGGUGGUGAUUGUGGUGCUGAUGAUGAAUUUGCUCACGGCGUUGGCCAUCGAUGAGAUUGAGAAGAUUCAGACCAGCGCGGUGCAAAUGAAAAUCCGUCUGGAGAUAUACGCGAUUCUACAGUGCCUGAGGUUUUUGAAGUCAGAGAAACUGAGAGAGCUUUCAAUUGAGUAUCCGGUGCCCCCUUCACCCUCAGCAUCUUCAUCCAAUCAUUCACAGCCAGAUUCAUACAAUAUCGCCAACAAUCCCAAACAAAAGCUUCUGGAAAAGUUAACCCAGCCUUCCGGAAUCGAUGAAAUCGCGCUAGCCAAUCUGCACAUUCUCGAGGAAAUCAGAGAUCAAUUGAAACCUAUUGAACCAAAACUACCGAAAGAUGAGCAUGAAGCGAAGAAAGGUCAGGGAAGUAUCAAAUUGAAUGAAGCGGAAACAGCCAAAGAUGAGAUUCAAGAAAUGAUUUCGAGAAUACUUGAUGUAAUUGCAAACCAGAAGAAGCCAAUGUUUGAAACGAAACUUCAGCACUUAGACCCAGAACAACACCAACCGAACAACACCAACCCGAUAAUCGUUCCUGAAGCCGAUGAAAGUUUGGAAAUUCCGCCCGGUGAAGAUUUGGGAUCAAUCCAAGAGAUCCGCCCGGAGGGCUCAUCAGCUGCUGGCAAUCUUGAUAGCUAUGUGUGCCAGUGCACGGCCACAACCGAUGGAUCUCCGUCGAUUGUUUCCGAAACAUCGGAGCUGAAC